CUCAAUGCCGACUCCGGCCACUCUUCUGGAUUCAGCCCCAGAGACCUCACAUUCCGUCACUACACUCUCGUCCACGCACUCGGGCGCAGGACAAACCGACGCCUCAUCCAAAAACGGCCAGCACUACCUGCUCACCGGCCUCACUCUCUUCAUCUCACACGAACCCUGCUUGAUGUGCUCUAUGGCGCUCACACAUUCAAGAGUGAAAGAGGUUUAUUAUCUGAUCCCGACGAGCAAGACGGGAGGGUGUGGUGGUGUGGCUUGUGUGCCGAAAUUGGAAGGGGUGAAUCAUAGAUUCUUGAUUGGAAAGUGGAGGAACGAUGAGGGGGAGACGAUCAAGGGGACAGAAGGGCUGGUGAUUGGAGAUGACAUAGACGCGUAAAUUGUGUCGUGGCGCGCAGACCAACCAUUGCGAAGGUCAGAGCGUGCUGGUGCUCAAUCAGAAGUUAUUAUCAAUCCCGUCAUUCAUCAGCCUCGUCUAUCGUCCUGCAUAUCAACUUAAACUGCCUAAGGGCAUUCUGCUCUGGCGCUUGGCGUGUUGUGUGGCGACUCAGUUUUCGGGACUUUACGCCUUGAUCUCAGCCCAUGUUCAUAAAACGUGUCCACCAGAUGACCGUAAUAUGGUGUCUAUGCGGUCACCUAGAUAAUCGAUAGAGCUUAUUUCCACAGCCGUGUUUCUCAUGGAUCUAUAUUUGGACUGUAUAUAUGCCAUGCUCUCGAACGGGGUGCGCCACAGUAAUUCGUCGCUACUCCCGCUUCUCGAGAUCAACGACAAUGGCUCAUCCUCUUAACUUCCCUCGACACACUUAUUUCUACCCCGUCGGAAACACAUCUCCGGUUUGUCUUACUCAAGAUGUCGCCCCAGAGCAGUCAGCCAGUAUCCUUCUGCUCGGAUGCGGCGAUCCAAGGAAUAUACUCUUCACCUUGUACUCAGCUGCAGAGGCGCAGAAUAAAUUCUCACGCACGUUAGAUAUAACCUGUUGCGACGUCGAGCCGGCAGUCCUGGCAAGAAACAUCCUCCUAUUCACGCUCAUCAUGGAUACUGAACCCAUCCUCGAUGGCCCCCUAUGGUCCAUAUUCUACGAUUUUUACAUCGACUCCUCUGCCAUGCGCCUGCUAGUAGACCAGUGCCGUCGGCUCUCAGAAACCUCGACGGACAUUGGCGCCUGGCAUGCGAGCAAAUAUGGCUCGCUUCUCAGAAUUUGCACGCAGCAAACACUCUCAGAACUUCGUCGUCAUUGGGCCUUAUACGCAGGCUUCGAGAGCUUACCUACUCGGAGAAAGGCCGCCGUCGAACGUGCAUUCUCCACUGCGCUCAAGUCUAAAUCCGACACAUAUGAGCUUAACAUUUCUUCGGCUCGCUCAGCCGGCCCACUCCGCCUAAAUGCGCUACGCCUCGUCUCAGACCAUUUCAAUCGAUUUUGGUCCUCCGGCGUGAAUACACAAGACAAGGAAACGUUGGCGUCUGCUACUCUACUCAACCCGACGUUUGUAUACUCCAUCACCGGUGAAGGCUUCUCUGUCCACUAUGGCACCGACGCAUUCUCUUCCUUUCAUCUCGCUCCGGCCUUCGCGCAUUUGGAGGGAUCAAUGGAUAGCCCCAACGGCGAAUCCGCUGCCAGUCUCUUCAACUUCGUACGAGGCACAUUCCAAGACUGGUGUCUCUCCUUCAAGGAGGUCGCAGAGAGAAGAACCUUGAUCUUACGGUUCGCGGCGGGCGAUGCUCUCGCUUUUUGCACGCUACUCCACCAUCGCAACCUUGAUCCUCAUGCUGAAAGCACAGUGUACGCCACUCGUUGGAAGGCUGAUCUACUCGAGCUCGAUGGCGGGGACUACUCGUCCGGUGCAGACAACGCCGCGCCUCAAGUGUUCGAUGUUAUUGAGACGUCCAAUCUCACAGAUCAUGUCGGACUGCAGAACAUCUUAAUCAUCACACAACCCAUCCUCUCGCGCACCCCAUCGGCCGUCGUCUAUACCGAAACUCUACUCCCAGCUUCGAGGGACUCUAUCAACGGCUUUCGUGAACUCAUCUGCGGCGAUAUUACCACAGUAUCUGUACUACUCGACCUCGUUCCAUCAUCUUUCGUGUCCAAGUUCACAACCCUCAAUACUGCGCAGGAGGUAGUCUCACAGCACAUGCAUGCCGAUGCCGGCCAAUACCACGAACGAAUGACAUGGAAGGUCAUGUCGCUCUCAGAAUCGAACACAUCUCCACCAAGAUCUCCCACCAUUUCCUUCGAGCCAAAAGCGCUGGGCUGCUUACUCUUUGACCUCUAUCUUCGCAUGUUCAGCGACGAAAAUAUGAAUCCUUUGAUGCAGUUCCUUUCGGGAAAGGGGGACAUCAGCAACGUUGUGUCAAAACGCAUCCGACUCAUUCACAACACCAGAGCAACCUUCGUUGAGUUCGCGAGGAUCGUCAAAAGUAGAACCACUACAAACUGGGCCCCAAUCAUGAACGCUUUCUUGGACCUCGUAUACGCGGACAAGACUCUCCUGACAGGUUCCAACUACUUUCAGGACAUGGCUUGCCAACUCCACCUAAACGGCGUGCACUCCGUGGACGUGCUCAAGCCCAACCCUUUGCGUGGCCGAGUAGCGUCGUUGCCGGGCUGGACAGACACACCGUCUAUUGUUUUUAUCGUUUUUCAGAUACCUCGCCAUCGGUUGAAACCACUUGAGGACUAUCCCCUAGAAGAAUUAGGAACACCAAUCCUACAGUGCGAAACUCAAGGUUCCAACUUUCACAACGCCUUCAUGUCCAUUCAGACGGCUUUUGGUUCUGUUACCAACGCUGCCAAGGCCGGUCAGGAACCGUCCCUCAUUUUUCAAGCGGACGACGAAGGGUGGAAUAGUGCGGCAGAUCUGGUAGUCACUUUCGCGCAUCCAGCCUGGAUUCUCACCAUAGAUCCCAUGAGUACUCGCAUCAGAUUUGGGCUCAGAUCGACGCCCGCAACCGUGCAUCUCACGGCUACCUUGGGCUUCGAGCUCCUCAUCUUCGAUACCUCUAUCAGUGACGAGCAACACGUCUUCCUGAGUCGUUCACGCUUCAGCACCCAGAGGCGGCCGGACACAGUCUAUACCAUACCACCCACCAUGAAUCCGCCCGUUCCUUCUGCAACAAAUCACUCAACUGUUACCCUCGACGGUAGCUCUCAGAAAAUCGCCACGUUUACCGUGAAAGCAACCAUAGACGAUCCGCGAGAACAGGCAGUAUUGGAGGGUCCCGCGCAGGUGAAGGUUGCUAGCACACAGAUCUCGCCUUGUCGGAUAGCGCUCAAGUUCGGUCAAGUGGAACGUGUUGUCCAAUUUCCUUUUCCCGUUGACGGGACGCGGACCAGAUUGCGAAUAGCCAGAAAAUCUCACUACAUUGAGGCCACCGUUCCUCCUGCCGGUCAUCGUACUCCUGGCGGUUUCUUCGUCAAUAAUUUCCCUCUCGUGCUACAAGGUGUUACGCCCAUUCCAUGGAAUAUACACAGGCUCGUCCUCGAUAAACUACCGACGGUCACGAUCAACAAGCGGCACGAGUGGUUCAAUCCCAGUAUUUCGCUCAUGAUGAGCGAUUACGACCGUUCGGUUAUGGGGGGAGGACAGAAAAUUACGCAAGAUGGAUGGAAAGCGCUGGCGGACCUCAAGGAGUCAAUCCAUAGUCUCUUCGUUCGUCACACUGGAAUCCAGGGCAAUGGACGCUUUUCCAUGUUCGCAUUACGAGACCCAUCGGUUGGCCCUUAUGCUGUCGUCUUCAUCUCUGACGUGCGAUUCGACCUCGCUUCGCACACUUUCGUCCUGAAUGGGUACCUCCUCCCUUUCUCAAGAAAACCAACCGUUGUUCGCGCGCUCGAAAAAAUAUUCUCCAGUCCUAUCUGUUCGGUCAACACGGCUGGAGAGGAAGUCGUCAUGUGGCGCCGGCUCCUUCCUGCGUUGGCGGAACGCUGUCGCCAGACGUGGAGGCACCGUGCCACUUGCGAAUACAUCAAGACGGGCAAGGUCCCACUUUCGCUCCUACCUCUCGAGAGUCCGAUCUGCAGUUGUGGUGAAGGCAAAGACGUAGAAGGGAUGCAUAAAGUGAAAGGUUGGAAGGAGUUCGCUCCCCUCUGCACACGUAUCGCCAUCAGUCCCCUUUUCGCUGUGCCACGGGCUAUGGAAUCAAUCCAAAGGUUCGCGGAGGCGUCGGAUGCGAUAUCGUCCCAGAAGAGAUGCGCCAAGUGUGACCUCGGCGGGGAUCUGAAGGUCUGUGGUCAGUGUAAGCAAGUAAGUUAUUGUUCUCCUGCUUGUCAAAGACAGGAUUGGAAGAAGCACAAGCAGCAGUGCCGUCGAGCUUGA